GGGGCGCGGCCAGCCAAUGAGGUGCGGCGGAGCGGGGCCGGCCGAGGCGCGGCGGAUCGCGGCGGGCGGAUCUCCUCCCGGAUGCGGCCGGGCUGCUCCCGGUACCUGAGCGUAACCGCGGGCCCCGGCCACCCCCGUUCCCUUCCCUCGGUGCCCCCAGAUCCGGCCCGCCACGCCCUGGGAUCCCCUCAGGCAGCAGGCCCAAGCCCGCGGCUCUCCCCGUGUUCCUCUGUGCUCUCUCCACCCCUUGGAGCUGCGCCCGCCCCCAGCCGAGCCCGAGUCAACAAAAGCUCCGGGCUGUGGGCUCCCCUUCUCACCCGUGCGCAUCGAUUCUGCUCCCGCUCCGCACUCUCCCGCCCUGAGCCCAGCCCAGCCGGGCUGCCCUUUGGCGGGUCCCCGGGCUGCCGGGCCUGCCGCGGGUGCGCCGUGCCCGCAGAGCCCCCGGCGCCAUGGGGGAGCCGCGGUUCCUGCAGGCCGAGUGCGCCUUCCGGCCCGGGGCACACACGGUGCGGGUGACCCUGAGCCGCAGCACGCUGCGGGUGGAGGUGGAGGCUCGCGGCACCGGCGACCUGUGGAGGGGCGAGUUCGAUGCCGCCUUCAUCGAGGAUCUCACCCGCAAAACGGGGAAUUUCAAGCAGUUUGGCAUUUUCUGCAGCAUGCUGGAGUCGGCGCUGACACAGAGCAGCGACUCCGUCAGCCUGGAGCUGCUCACCUUCACCGACCUGGAGACCCUGCACAGCCGGAAAGUGGGGGCAAUCACCCGGCCUCCCCCUUGCACCUCCUCCCCGCUCAACAGCAAGCGCUACCUCAUCCUCGUCUACUCUGUGGAGUUCGAUAGGAUCCACUACCCGCUGCCGCUGCCCUACGCGGGCCGGCCGGACCUGGUGGCGCUGGUGCGGGAGCUGCAGGAGCAGCUGGGCCAGCUCCGGGCGCGGCGCCUGGAGGAGACCCAGCACUUGCGGGAGGCGCUGUGGCAGGCACUGGAGGAGAAGCGGGCAGCAGAGAGCCGGCACCAGCGCGAGUACCAGCAGCUGGCUGCAGAGCUGGCCCAGGCAAAGGCGUCAGAGCAGAAGCUGCAGCUGCGGGUGAAGAACCUGACAGCUGAACUGGCCUCCUGCAGGAGGGGCCGCCAGAAAUCUGCCAGCCCGGCCCCACGCGCCCAGGAGCGACGCUCAGCAUCCCUGGAGAGCCACAGGAGCAGCCGGGGCCACCCCUCGCCAAAGUCCCUGUCACCUGCAGGCUCCCGCCCGCCACGCUUCGACCCCACUGCCUUUGUCAGGGCCCGGCAGCGCCGGCAGAAGGAGGCUGAGCUCAGAAACCAGCGGCGUGGAGUGGCUUCUGGCAGCAGCAGCCCGGCGAGGAGCCACAGGCGCAGCUCGUCUGCUGACAGCUCCCGCAGCUGGCGCCGGGGAGGGAGCCCUGGCAGCAGAGCCCCUGAGCGCCCCGAGCCCUGCAGGGACAGGAGAGCGACCCGUACACGGACACCCCUGAGCACCUCGUUCUGCAAUAGCCCCUCUGUGGUGCCUCGCCCUGCUGCCAGCCACAAGCUGCCAGUGUGCAGGACUGCUGGCAAGCGCCCUGGAAAAGAGAACCGCUCCAAGGAGGCCUCAGCUGAACUGGCUGAGAUCGAUGCCCGGCUGCAGGCUCUGCAGGAGUACAUGGACAGCCUGAACACCCACAUGUGACCCCUCCAGGGACACACACCCCUCCUGUGUCCUCAGGGGGUGACAGUGUACCCCCAAAUAAACCCUUGUUUGUCCCCAGGGUGUGUUCUUCUUGGGAUGGGGCAAGGGCAGUGUCCCCCCAGGAGGGACACAGCAUUGGGGCUGGGGGCACCAGGGACAUCACAAGAUGUGACAGUACCACUGCUUGGACAUGU